AAUAGAGUAACGGUCCUGAGAUUUCAAAGUUCAAACGCUGCAGCGCUCUCUGCCUCUCCGUCUCCAUUUCUUUCCUUUCUUUCUACUCUGCAAUAUUUCUUCCGUUUCUCACACCCAAAGCUUCAACUUUAAUGGAGAAAAUCAGUUUUAACCCGUACAUGCUCAACUCAGAAGCCCCUAUUCUUUGCCCACGCGCCUCUUCUUCUUCGAGUGUUGAUGGGGAAAUGCCGAGAAAUGAGGAUCAAGAAACUCACGUUUUGCCCUUGGCGGAAGAUGGAAACGAAGAUUCAUUAGCUGAUUCGAUGGUUUGUUAUUCUGGUUUGAGAUUAGUCACCACUGGCUUCACAAAUCCUAGCUGUACAGAUGAAAUUCUUCAUUUUGUCAACGCUGGAGCAAUAUCCCCUGUUGCAUCGGAAUCCGGAAUUAACUUUCUGGAAGACAAAUAUUUUGAAGGUGGAGAUGCAUUUCAAACAGAGGAAUUCAUAACUGAUGGUGGAGAUGCUCCAUUCAUUUACCAGUCGGCGCGAUUAGGAGAUUUCUGCUAUCGCAUAGACGAUCUCCACCCCGGAGACUAUAUUGUCGAUCUUCACUUUGCGGAAAUAAUCAACACAUUCGGGCCGAAAGGGAUGCGAGUGUUUAAUGUGUAUCUGCAGGAUGAAAAGAUAUUAUCCGAUCUUGAUAUAUUCUCGAUUGUUGGAUCCAACAAACCUUUGCAAUUGGUCGGUGCCAGAGUUUCGAUCAAACAAGAUGGUGUUCUUGUUUUAAGGUUUGAAGGGAUUAUUGGAAGCCCGAUACUUAGUGGAAUCUGUGUUCGAAGACCUACCAAGAUGUUGGCACCUCAGGUGAAUCAGGAACAUUUUGUCUGUAAGAACUGUUCUACAGAGAUGGAGUAUCCUUCAGCUCAGAAAAAAGUGCUGAGAACAAAAUUGGUAGAUAAAUAUGAGAAAAACAUACAAGACUUGAAAGAUCUGUUGCAGAGGAAGACAGACGAGUGCUAUCAAUCAUGGAUGUCUUGGACUUCUGCUAAUGAGCAGCUGCAGAAGGUCAGGAUGGAACUCGACAACAAAACUUUCCAAACAUAUUCCCUUGAUCAAGCUCUAGGAAAACAACGCGACGAACUGAAAAAUAUAUCAAGCAAGUAUCAUCGUGAACAAAAGUUGUGGACAGCAGCAAUCAACAAUUUAGAGCAGAAAGUAAAGGGAAUGAAAAGGGAUCACUCUCAGCUUUCUCAGGAAGCACAUGAAUGCGUCGCCUCCAUUCCUGACUUGACUAAAAUGGUAUCAGCUGUUCAGACACUCGUUGAACAGUGUGAGGAUCUCAAAUUGAAAUACAAUGAGGAGCAAGUGAAAAGACGGAAGCUAUUUAAUGAAGUUCAGGAAGCCAAAGGAAACAUCAGGGUGUUUUGCCGGUGUCGUCCACUGAGCAAGCGUGAGGUCGGGGCAGGCUGUGACUCUGUGGUGGAUUUCGAUGCAGCCAAGGAUGGAGAGCUAGGAAUUCUGAACAAUGGCUCUACAAAAAGGACUUUCAAAUUUGACCGUGUUUACACACCAAAAGAUGAUCAAGUUGAUGUGUUUGCUGAUGCCGCACCAAUGGUGGUAUCAGUGCUGGAUGGAUACAAUGUUUGUAUAUUUGCUUACGGACAAACCGGAACAGGCAAGACGUUCACGAUGGAGGGCUCUGAGGCGAAUAGGGGAGUCAAUUACCGGACAGUGGAAGAAUUAUUCAAAAUAUCCAAGGAGCGGAGUGAUAGUCACAAGUAUGACAUUUCUGUCAGUGUGCUUGAAGUCUACAACGAACAGAUACGGGACUUGCUCGCUGUAGAGACCUCCAAGAAGUUGGAGAUAAAACAAGCUUCAGAAGGAUGCCAUCAUAUUCCUGGAAUUGUCGAAGCCAAAGUGGAAAACAUUCAGCAAGUAUGGAAUGUUCUUCAGGCAGGAAGCAGCGCCCGAUCCGUUGGAUCAAAUAAUGUGAAUGAGCACAGUAGUCGAUCUCACUGCAUGCUUUGCAUUAUGGUAAGAGCAAAGAACUUGAUCACCGGAGAUUGCACCAGAAGCAAGCUUUGGCUUGUGGAUUUAGCCGGAAGCGAGAGGCUUGCGAAGACGGAUGUGCAAGGAGACCGUCUUAAAGAGGCUCAGAAUAUCAAUAGAUCGCUCUCAGCUCUUGGAGAUGUGAUAUCUGCUCUAGCAAAUAAAAGUAGCCACAUACCAUACAGGAACUCCAAAUUAACUCAUCUACUACAGGACUCAUUAGGUGGUGACUCGAAAACAUUAAUGUUUGUGCAAAUCAGUCCUUCCGAUCAAGACUUGAGCGAAACACUGAGUUCAUUAAACUUUGCAACCCGAGUCAGAGGAGUUGAAUUAGGCCCUGCUAGAAAACAGAUCGAUACAAGUGAGAUUCAAAGGACAAAGACAUUGCUCGACAAGGCGAGGCAGGAAUUGAGGUUGAAAGAUGAAUCCAUGAAAAGGCUUGAAGAGAGCUUGCAUAAUCUAGAAAGCAAGGCCAAAGGGAAGGAUCAGAUUUACAAAAACCAACUCGAUAAAAUAAAGGAGCUUGAAGGCCAACUCGAACAAAAAUCUUCGGUGUAUGGUCAAACCGAGAAGCAGAUUCUACAUCUUUCAGAGAAAUUGAAAGGGAAGGAAGAAUGUUGCUCCAAGCUUCAACAGAAGGUAAUUGAACUAGAGAACAUGCUCAAACAGCAAGAAGAACUUCAAACGACGACUUACAAAAAGAAGAUUAGUGAUCUCGAAAGCCAGCUUAAGGAGCAAGCCGAACAGUCGGAAUACAGCUCUCUAACUCUCCAACGACAGGUGAAAGAGCUCGAAAGAAGGUUGAAAGAACACGAAGAAAAUGAAGAGGUGAAGUCUCUUCGCCAAAAGAUUUCCGAACUUGAAGACAAGCUGAGAGAGCAAGAAACACAACUCGUCUCAACAAUAACAACCACAGACUCUACAUAUUCGUUGAAAUCAUCAACCCCCAUGGAAGGAAAGAAGUCGUCAAAAGAGGAGCUGGCGAAUGAGUCCGAGCACCGUAUCCUCAGAAGUUCAAAUUCAGUAAAUCGCCAAAUUAACCAUGUCCCGGUUUCAUUAAAGGAGCACGAGGCAGGGAGGAAGAAGAGAUUUUCGAGCAGCAAUGAAGUCGAGAACAAAGCUGUAGUUCCAACUCCAGUGAGCAACAACAGAGGAAGCAGACAUUCGGAUCCACCUAAGCCGGGCCCUCCCAGAGUCUCGAGAACUUACAAGCCGGCACUCGCUGCACCAAAACAGCCGGUGGUUCGGAGCAAAGUCAACCGCGACCAUCCGGAAAAUGGAAUCAAAGAAAGGGAAAGCAAGAAAAGGAUGUGGACAAGGUAAGUAAGUAUUUGAAUUGAAACAUAAGUGAUUUCGUGCUGCAUAUGUUAUGUAUUCUUCUUCAACUUUUAACUAACUUGAUUUGUUGUACUCUGUGAUUUCUAUAUGACCUUUGUUUGAAUGAAUGUUAAC